AUGUCAUCCCACACCGAUGUAUUCGAAGAUACCAUGGCAGACACCACGCCAACCCACCGCGACCUACGCUCCCAGAAGCAUACUCUUAACCGCGAAGCCAAAAAGUCCGCAAAGUACUACCGCUAUCGCGCAGUGGACCCGAACUGGAUCGGUCAACAAUACUACGACCUGCACCCAGAAGUUUGGAACACCAUUGAUGGUGUGGAACACGUCUUCUGGCCAAUGCGAGACCCGCUGCUCAGCAGGCCUGAGGACUUGAUUGUGUCGACAUGGACGAAAAGAGAUAUGUGGUAUGAUAGAGAGAGAGGCAUUCGGGCUGUUCGGUGGCGCGUUGGCAGGCGGUCUCGGGACAAACACUGCCAAGCGUACAUUCAGAAGAAGCUGCAGCGCGAUCCGAAGACGAGGAGCAGGGCGUCUGAGUUUGCUCGUGAAGGGGCAGACGUCGAAAGCGUGGAUACCUGUCACUCUGCAUCUUCAAACGUCUCUAUCUCUUCGGAUGAUGGGCUUGACCAGGGUUGGGAUGAUGACUACAUGGUUGACUGGGAUGGCAACAGGAUCUUCUGUCAUAUCAAAGAUAUCGGGUGUGAGACUGCGACUGCCGACUUGGAUGGGGAGGUUGCAUUGUCGUUCGUUGGUGACGGAGCACUCGAAUUGACAGGCGACAUGGAGGAAGACGCUGGGUUCAGCAUCAUUUCAGAGCGUGACUUUGAUGUUAUGUCUUUGUCCUCUCACGGUGACGAGGUUGACUUUGGACUCAUCUGGAAUGAAGACGGUGAGCUUCAAAUGUAG